AUGUCUCACCCCUCUCCCCCCUCACGUGCACAGACAUGUCUCACCCGCUCCCUCCUCACGUGCACAGACAUGUCUCACCCGCUCCCUCCUCACGUGCACAGACAUGUCUCACCCGCUCCCCCCUCACGUGCACAGGCAUGUCUCACCCGCUCCCUCCUCACGUGCACAGACAUGUCUCACCCGCUCCCCCCUCACGUGCACAGACAUGUCUCACCCGCUCCCCCCUCACGUGCACAGGCAUGUCUCACCCGCUCCCUCCUCACGUGCACAGACAUGUCUCACCCGCUCCCUCCUCACGUGCACAGACAUGUCUCACCCGCUCCCCCCCCUCACGUGCACAGGCAUGUCUCACCCGCUCCCUCCUCACGUGCACAGACAUGUCUCACCCGCUCCCUCCUCACGUGCACAGGCAUGUCUCACCCGCUCCCUCCUCACGUGCACAGACAUGUCUCACCCGCUCCCUCCUCACGUGCACAGACAUGUCUCACCCGCUCCCUCCUCACGUGCACAGACAUGUCUCACCCUGCUCCCUCCUCACGUGCACAGACAUGUCUCACCCGCUCCCCCCUCACGUGCACAGACAUGUCUCACCCGCUCCCUCCUCACGUGCACAGACAUGUCUCACCCUGCUCCCCCCCCACGUGCACAGACAUGUCUCACCCGCUCCCUCCUCACGUGCACAGACGUGUCUCACCCCGCUCCCUCCUCACGUGCACAGACAUGUCUCACCCCGCUCCCUCCUCACGUGCACAGACAUGUCUCACCCCGCUCCCUCCUCACGUGCACAGACAUGUCUCACCCCGCUCCCUCCUCACGUGCACAGACAUGUCUCACCCCACUCCCUCCUCACGUGCACAGACAUGUCUCACCCCGCUCCCUCCUCACGUGCACAGACAUGUCUCACCCCGCUCCCUCCUCACGUGCACAGACAUGUCUCACCCCGCUCCCUCCUCACGUGCACAGACAUGUCUCACCCCGCUCCCUCCUCACGUGCACAGACAUGUCUCACCCCACUCCCUCCUCACGUGCACAGACAUGUCUCACCCGCUCCCUCCUCACGUGCACAGACAUGUCUCACCCGCUCCCCCCUCACGUGCACAGACAUGUCUCACCCUGCUCCCUCCUCACGUGCACACUCAUGUCUCACCCCGCUCCCUCCUCACGUGCACACUCAUGUCUCACCCCGCUCCCUCCUCACGUGCACAGACAUGUCUCACCCCGCUCCCUCCUCACGUGCACAGACAUGUCUCACCCCACUCCCUCCUCACGUGCACAGACAUGUCUCCCCCGCUCCCUCCUCACGUGCACAGACAUGUCUCACCCUGCUCCCCCCUCACGUGCACAGACAUGUCUCACCCUGCUCCCUCCUCACGUGCACACUCAUGUCUCACCCCGCUCCCUCCUCACGUGCACACUCAUGUCUCACCCCGCUCCCUCCUCACGUGCACAGACAUGUCUCACCCCGCUCCCUCCUCACGUGCACAGACAUGUCUCACCCCGCUCCCUCCUCACGUGCACAGACAUGUCUCACCCCGCUCCCUCCUCACGUGCACAGACAUGUCUCACCCGCUCCCUCCUCACGUGCACAGACGUGUCUCACCCCGCUCCCUCCUCACGUGCACAGACAUGUCUCACCCCGCUCCCUCCUCACGUGCACAGACGUGUCUCACCCCGCUCCCUCCUCACGUGCACAGACGUGUCUCACCCCGCUCCCUCCUCACGUGCACAGACGUGUCUCACCCCGCUCCCUCCUCACGUGCACAGACAUGUCUCACCCCGCUCCCUCCUCACGUGCACAGGCAUGUCUUACCCGCUCCCUCCUCACGUGCACAGACAUGUCUCACCCCGCUCCCUCCUCACGUGCACAGACAUGUCUCACCCCGCUCCCUCCUCACGUGCACAGACAUGUCUCACCCACAGCCCGCCUGA